AAGCUCAGCGUAAUGAGUAAUUUUGGAUUAGUUACAGGAUUUUUUCUUUAUGACAAAGACACAAUUAUAUGAAAUUCAACGCAUAAUUUUGUUUUUUGUUAGAAAAAAAUCGAAAUGAAAAGGACUUGGAUUUCAGUUAUCGUUUUGGUAUUUUUCAGUGCUUUGGAGAAUGGAUAUGCAGCAAUUGACGGUUGGACAGAGCCAACAAUAAGCGGGGCAGAUGGACCAGGAACAACUACUAUUCCAGAAGAUCAGACACUCAAUACAAUGAUCGUGACAUACGUGGCCACUACUGAUGCUACUUCUAUUGCAUCCUACUCUCUUGUAACAGCUGUUACUCCAUUUGCUUUAUCAGCGGCUGGUGGGCUGACAAUAACAGCUGCAUUGGACUUUGAAACAGUGACAUCUUACACUUUAAAAGUCAAAGCUGAAGAUAAUAUCGGGGGUGUUGGAACUGCAACAAUCGCAGUUACUGUUACAGAUGUGGCUGACACUCCUCCAGUAUUCUCAACCGCGUAUACUCCAUGCAUACUUGACGGUUCACAAGAGGAUGCAACUUUGACAACAGUUACAGCCACUCCCAAAAAUGGUGCCACCAUAGCUACAUAUUCAAUUACUGAUGGUAACACUGGGACUGCUUUUAAAAUUGAUCCUACGUCAGGACUAAUACAAGUUGCAGCAGGAAUCACCUUAGACAAAAGUGCGCUGGCGACAUAUGACCUUGAAGUAACAGCUACAGAUGAUGCAAAUCCUACUAACACUGGGACGACAAACCUAUCUGCUACAGUUAAGGACGUCUGUGACAACAGUUCCUCUUCUAUUACAUUCAGUGCUUUCGUCCUACUUCUUUCCUUCCUGGUAGCUAAAGUGUAAAAGAAAACAAAGAACAUUUGAAAUAUGAAGAAACAACGAGAAGAACAUUUUAUUUCUUUUAUUUCUAUCAAAUAUGUAAUUAUCAAAUGUGUUCAUUUUGUUGUGUUUUAUCAUCACUGAAGUAUUGAUUUAAUCUAAGAGUUGAAUAUCUAUGUUUUCAAUGACGAAUUUUGUAACUGAAAUAGAAAACAAUGCCAAACUAUUUCUUUUUUUCAUUAUACAUUUUAUGACUUUUGGUUUCAGCUUACACAUAUUUAAGAUAAUUUACGUUUUAACUGUUAUUUUGAAAGAUUUUUAAGAGAGUUUAUUUCAGGAAUACCAACUUGUAAUGCUGAGACGUUUUAUGUUUGAUUCUGUGCUAAUUGCGAGUUAAAGACAUCCAGACAUAGAAAGGACAUACCAUACACAUUGCAACAUGAACUUUAAUUAUAUAAGAAAAAAGUCGCAUCAGUCUAUUGAAAUCAAUUUAUGUUUAUUACACUUUCAUAACUUACAAAUAAUCAUAAGAUUUUAACCGAUUUUUCAUUCGAUAUAGAAUAAGAUACUUCUUUUGUACAGAAACCAUUUACAUCGGUACAAAAGUUUAGUCUCGCUAUUAAGACCACUUUUGGACCGAUGUGGAAGUGGUCUUAUUAUCGCGUCGCUCUUGUUUUUGGAUGUCCCUAGUUGUUACUAUAUGCGAAUCUGUAAUUGGUGUUUAUCAUUAACGACCAUUGAAAUCGCUGCAGAAAUAUAACAGUUUGAACAACACAAACCUUUUAUGAAUUGGAUUUUUAGAUUAAGUUUUAUGAGAAUGUGAGAAACAGAGAAAUGAGUUUGCUAUGAGAUAUAAUUGUAUCGAUGUGAAUUUUUUCUCUCAUGACCAUUUUCUUGUCUUAACUUGUUAAGAUUUACACUGAAGUCCAUGAACAGGCUAAAUCAAACCGAGCCUGCAACAUUUUCAAUUUUUGUCGCUUUGGACGUUUUCUAGGGGUCGCAUUUAUUUUUUUGAAACAUUUCUGAAACAUGUAUUAUAUUUUUCUAUGAAAAUAAAAGAACUUAUUCUGCACUAA